AUGGAAGACGAUGAUGAUGCUGAGGAGAAUGGUGACUAUGAGAAUGAAGAGGAGGAUAAUGAUGAUGAUGAAGGUGACCAGGGUGAGGAGAAGGGAUGUAUGGAGGAGGAUGAAGCCAGAGCAGGUCCCUCAGUGCCACCCAAGCAGCUGAAUCAGUGCCCUGAGUGUGGGCAGAGCUUCCCACCUGGCUCAGAGCCGGUGAAGCACCACUGCCCCCAGCCUGGCCCCCGGCCCUUUGUCUGUGGGGACUGUGGCAAGAGGUUCAGGCAGGGCUCUCAGCUCAUCCGACACUGCCGCACCCACUCUGGAGAGAAGCUGUUCCCCUGUGCUGAGUGCAGCAAGAGCUUUACCACAAGCUCCAGACUCCUUCAGCAUCAACUCAUCCACAGAGGGGACAAACCAUACAGCUGUGCCGACUGUGGCAGGAGCUUCACCCUGAAGGGGAAGCUAAGCCAUCACCGUUUUGUGCACACCGGAGAGAAGUCUUUCACCUGCACUGACUGUGGCAAGAGGUUUUUCAGGCACUCUGGCCUCAUGAAGCACCGCCUUACCCACACUGCACCCAAACAGUUCACCUGUGCUGUCUGUGGGCGGAGCUUCACCCGGAGCUCAACCCUCACCACCCACCGCCGCACCCACACUGGUGAGAAGCCAUACAGCUGUGCUGUCUGCGGCAAGAGUUUCUCUCAGAAGGCUAACCUCAGCCAGCACCGCAGUGUGCACAGCACUGAGAAGUCCACCUGCAGGGACUGCGGCAAGAGCUUCAAACGCAGGUACUACCUUACCAUCCACCGCCGCAUCCACAGCGGAGAGGGGUUCCCCUGUGCUGAGUGUGGCAAGAGCUUCACCACGAGCACCGCAUUCAUCCAGCACCAACUCAUCCACAGCGGCGAGAAACCAUACAGCUGUGCCGACUGUGGCAAGAGCUUCAGACAGAGCUCCACCCUCACCCUCCAUCGCCGUACCCACACAGGUGAGAAGCUGUACAACUGCGCUGUCUGUGGCAAGAGUUUCACUACAAAGUCUUCCCUCACCCAGCACCGCAGUGUGCACACUACCGAGAAGCCCUUCACCUGCAGGGACUGCGGCAAGAGCUUUAGCCACAGCACCACCCUCGCCAUCCACCGCCGUGUCCACACCGGAGAGAAGUUGUUCCCCUGUGCUGAGUGCGGAAAGAGCUUCACCAUAAGCACCAGACUCAUCCAGCACCAACUCACCCACAGUGGUGACAAACCAUACAGCUGUGGUAUGUGCAGCAAGAGUUUCACCACAAGCACCAGACUCAGACAGCAUCAACUCAUCCACAGUGGUGAGAGACCAUACAUCUGUGCUGACUGCGGCAAGAGCUUCACCUGCACCUCUAGCCUCACCCAGCACCGUCGUCUGCACACCGCUGAGAAGGCUUUCACCUGUUCUGAGUGCGGCAAGAGCUUCACCCGUAGGAGCAUUCUCAUUUGCCACCUCCGCAGCCACACUGGUGAGAGGCCUUUCACCUGCCCCGACUGCGGCAAGAGCUUCAGUCGCAGCGCCUAUCUCACCAAGCAUCGCUAUAGUCACACUGUUGACCAGCCCACAGUGCAGGGGAUACAAGUGCAGUUUGCCACUGCAGAGUACAGCGUGUAUAUCAGCACAAGCAAAUCUCUGAAAGACAUUACAACCAGGAAUGAGAAAAUUAAGCACAGGGGCCGUAAAACAAAGUCGACGCUGCUUGAACUCCUCGCUGGCGGUGUUGUUGUCUCCGAAUCCGAGCCCUCGCUGGCGAUAUCAGAGGAAGGUGUUGAUGAACGAGAUCGAACGCACCGAGCUGCCCCCUCUCGGCUCCCUCCCCACUGGGAGAGCGCUGCCUCUCCUUCCAUAUUCACCGACGGCCGCGAACUUCACUGCCGCGAGCUGUUACCCGUCAGUGUCAGCCGCUCCUUUCCUCAGGCCCGCCGAUGCCGGCCCGCCCGAGUUUGCCGUCGGCCCGCCAAGUCUAGCUCGCCGAUCCUUUUCCUCGGGCCCGCCGAUACUGGCCCGCCCAAGCUGCCGUCGGCCCGCCGAUAA